GCUCAAUGUACGUCGCUGUGCUGUGCUAUGCGCGGCCGGCAUUGCGCAUCAACCUUCCCGCUCUCGGUGUACAUGUAAGCUAAGAGUUAAUUCCUGGAUCAUCUUGUAUACUCUACUCCGUAUAAGGAACAUACACUAUCUGGACUCCCAUUUAUGGCGAGUGCAACACCAAAAAGCUGAACCGUCUUGUGUCACCGAAGUCGGACGUCAAAAAGUAUCGCUACUUAACCCAAGCAUAGCCAUAGGCUUGGAGCCCCUUGCAUCGGAUACCUUUGGUCGGGAGUCUCUGUCUCCGCAUGAAGGCGCCAUCGGCACCAGCAUGGAGCACGAUAUUGUCAUCCUCAGCGACAGUACCGACCUUAGCGAUAGUACCGAACGUGACGACGAUGAUUCGACCAGCUCAAGUCUGGAUUCCGAGGCCGUGGCCGUGGAAUUCGCUAACGAAGCCGGCCCUUCCAAUGUCGUCGCUCAUCCCAACCAACGCCUCGGACGCGCCUCCUUCAACCUCCUCAACCUUCCGCACGAUUACCUAGAGACAUUCAUCCUCCACCACGCACCCGUAUCCGCGCUCCCCGGCCUCCGUGCCUCCUGCCGCGAGCUCAAGCUCCUAGCCGACCUCCGGCUCACCUCCCUCACCUUACCGUACGAGGACCUUGUACGACAUAGCUUCUGGCGGACUUGCGCCCUAACUCGUGCCACGACCCUGGUUCUCAACUUCCCUGGAGAGCUCCCUGCUGCUACUUCUGCUGCGGGCGCCAUUGCUGCAAACCCCGCGCCCCAGCCUCUUUCCGCCCUGCUCCCCCCCGUCCUCUUCACCGGCCUCCGUCGCCACCUGCCCGCCCUGCAAUCCCUCACUCUCCACGACGUCCACUUCCCAAAGGCAUCCGCGUCGUCAUCAUCCUCACGCUCCAAAGCCUCCUCCUCGACCAUCGAGCACCCCCUGGACUUCUCAGGGCUCUCCAAAUUGGAGCUCAAGGGCCGCUUCGUGCCCUCAGAGUACGGCAACCCCGGCGCUGGCAACGCUGCCACCUCCUGGCGUGGCAGCGGGCUGAAUCCCUUCCCCUGCGGCCUGGGCCCCUCCCUGGUUCGCGCCGCCGCCAGUCUGACGUCACUGCGAUUGUCGUACAUGACGUUUGCGGGUCGCGAGGGCGACGUGCUGGGGCAGCUGACGGGGCUGCGGGAGCUGGCCAUCGAGUUCUGCAACAACCACACCUCGCACGGCCUGACGGGGCUCAGCCGCCUGACGCGCCUCACCCGCCUCACAUACGCCGACAUACACUACCGGGCUGGCAUCCCGAACGAGAUGGUGGGUCUGUCCGCCCUCACGCAGCUGGCGGAGGUCAACCUGCGCCGCUCCGACUUCUACCCAAAUGAGGUGGCGGCGUGGGCGGCGUGGGGGCCCAGCCUUACAAGCCUGGAGAUAUCCUCCGUGUGGCAGAUGACCCUAGACGCGGUUCCUCAGCUGUGGCCGCACCUCAGCCGCCUCACGACCCUGCGCCUGCCCGACCACACCCUAGACCCCGGCAUGCUGCGAACCAUGAUCCGCCACCUGCCAGCCCUCACCGCCGCCACCUUCAACUGGAUAGACCUGUGGGAUUCGAUGGAUGACACGGAGGACGAGGAGGAUGAGGGGGAGGCAGAGGGCGGCGGUGGCGGUGCCGAUAAUGGCAACGGCGGCGGCGGUGGUAUCAACAUCGACGACGGCGGAGGUGCAGGAGGAGGCGCAGCAGCAGCAGCAGUAGCAGAGGAGAUAGUGGGUGGGCUGCGGCGGCGUGAGGGGCAGCUGUCGCACACGGCUCUUCGGAGCUUGCAGCUGAUUGCACCGCGGCCUGGAGAUGUGUGCGACAGGUCCCUGCUGGCGUUCCUGCCGGGCCUUACCGAGCUGCGCUGCGGCGACGACACGACACAUUCGAGUGACGAGAGAGCGUACGACCUGACAGAUGACUUCGCUAGGUGCUGUAUUCAUUUACUCCUGCCGGCGCCCAGCCCAGGCGCGGGUGUUGGCGGUACUGUUGGUGCGGGCCAUGCGCUGCGCGUGCUUGUCAUGCCAUGCUCUUGGUUGCAGAAAGUGCCCAUCGCCCAUCUGCCCAGCUUGGAGGUGUUAAGGCUGCUGCCCGUGCACCCGUCGUCGGUCGUUGAGGGGACUGAGGGUGCGGAGGCGAGGAACAGGUGCGAGUGGCGGACCAGCUACUUUGCGGGAAGCUCCUACCUCAGCAACCCAAAUGUACGGCAGCUCGAGGUGCCCGACGAUCUGGAUCUCGCGGAGCUGUUGCGGUUCUACCCCGCUGUACGGCACGUGACCAUCUCCGGCUCGUACGGCAAUGCGCUGCUGGGUCUGGUGGCGGCGGC